CUAGGCCUUCUAAAAUUUCUUUCUUUCUUUAGGAUCACAACUAAGUUUACUGGUGGGCUAAUGCAAGAUCAUCUGAGGGAAAUUGAGGGGACACUCGCCCGAACAAGUGAGCGAAAGAAUACCAUAUUGUAUAAACUUGCAAAACGGAGAGCUGAAGAAGAGCGUUUAGCACAAUUGGGUAUUAACAAAAUACCACCUAGCCCACAUAACGUGAAGGAUAUUGGUGUGAUCAAGUUUGUUUUGCACAGGCUAAAGCAAGAAAUUGGUGACAAGAUCGCUCGGAUCCGCAAUUCUUCUCUUAUAAGUAUUGAAAAAGAUGGUGAGGCAGUAGUGAGAGCAAGAAAUGACGAGAUCAAUAAAUUAAUAGUUCAAAAAGAUCAGUGGGAAAAUAGGCUUGCUUUUUUAAAGAAUGGGGAUUGGGUUAAUUCCACAUCCAUCAAGGCCUUUUUUGGUUGCGCGAAGAACCUACCUGAAGCUGCCGACUUUCACACCAAACGCGAGCGUCCUGUGGAAGAGGACAAUACUGCAUACUCAUCCCCUAGGAGUCAUUCGUCUGGAUCGACUCCGGAUGAGCCAGAGCCUCUCGAAUCCACUAUCAAAGGAACCUACCUCGAUUCUGUCGUAUGGCUUUUGUCACCAGAGCUUGAACAAAAAGUUUUGCAACUUGAAAAAGAAAGUGAGAUAAAGAACCGUCCGGAGAGUAAUGCAACUGGCAGAGGUGCAGAGCCUAGAAAACUAGGAGAAUCAAGAUAUGUAUCCUCCUUUCAUAAUUUUGAACUUCCCGAAGAAAAGGAGUUUGAACGGAUGGCUGUGGAGAAACGAAAACUGGGUUUAAAGAAGCGUCUUGAAUCCUUAAAGGAUAACAUUUGAAAUGCUAUAUCUUGGCACGUCAAUUGUGCUCAUCAGUUUAAUAAAUAAUAAUAAUAAAA